AUGCGGACGGGUGGGCAUGCACUCGAGGCCGUAUUGACGGGCGGGAAAUGCUUUUUCAAUGUGCUGUACUGUCGCGGAGGGUCGGUGAUAAGCCUCGGUCGACCCGCCAAUUAUGGCAUUGUCACAUGCUGUCGUCUGUCCGGCUUCAAGCUGCCUCUGCAUCGUCUUGCCGUCCCUCUUUUUCUCUCCCCAUCCUACACCGCUUAA